CUUAAUCAGAUGAAGAAGCGACAGAAAGCAGUUGCCUAAAAUGACUUCUCCAUUCUUUCAGAACACAGAUUGGGACAUGUUUCAAGACCCUUCUGAAAUCUUGUUCCAAUCAUCAUCAACAAAUGUUCUCAAUGACCCUAUCCACGAUUCUCUCUCCUUCGACAUGGUUGACUUCUCCACCGGUUCAUCUCUACCAACAGAAGAAAACCACAACGAGGCAAAGCAAUUGGUUGUGAAGUCUGAAGCAAAACAAGCUGAGAGUAAGGAAAGGUCAUAUAUAGGUGUGAGGAAAAGGCCAUGGGGAAAAUAUGCAGCUGAAAUUAGAGACACAACAAGAAACGGUACAAGGGUUUGGCUUGGAACCUUUGACAGUGCUGAAGCUGCUGCUUUAGCUUAUGAUCAAGCUGCAUUCUCCAUGAGAGGUCAUAACGCUGUUCUCAAUUUUCCUGUCAAAAGGGUCAAAGAAUCUUUGCAAGAGAUUCAAUAUAGUUGCUGCAAUGGCUCUUCACCCGCACUUGCACUCAAGGAGAGGCACUGUGUCCAGAGAAAGUUGUCAUUAAAAGCUAAAAGGUGUAAAGGAAAAGAGAAAUCAGAGGCAACAACCUCGUGUAUGGUGGUGUUAGAGGACUUGGGUGUUGAAUAUUUAGAGCAACUUCUCAGCAUAUCCGACCAAAGUGCAAGCCCUAGCUACUUCAACUAA